AUGAACAAACUAGAAGCGGUUGCAAGCACUGAAAAUAACGGUAUUCCAAAUGCUUUGGUAUCGCGAGUGAACGAUUUGCCACACUUAGGCUUCUCAGAAGUCUCGCAAUUGAAGAAAGAUAUCGAACACGAAUUGGAAAGACAGUUUGACCUCUUGAGUUUAAACAACGUGGAUCUCAAUACGCCUUUGAUCACCGCAGAAGGGUUCCCGCGAGACGAUUUGGAUUUGGUGACCAUCAGAUUGAUUAAACGGAACGUUAAUGUCUUAAGGAACGACUUGAGAAGAGUCAUUGAGAGGCUGGAAUACCUACUUCCUCUCGAGUUCGAAUCGUUACAAAGGCAAAAUUCGGCGGUACAGAAGUUGGAAGCUCUCGACACGAGUCUUGUUGACGAUGACUCUCUUCUUGCAUUCGCCAAAGUUGUCGAUGUGAAGAUCGGAUCACCAAGUCAUGAGGCUGGGCUCCAAUCUGACGAUCUCAUCGUGAAGUUCGGAACAAUACAUGCAUUGAAUCACAAUAACCUAUACAACGUUGGCAAACUAGUGCAACAACAGCUCAACAAGGAAAUAUCCUUGAGAGUGAAGAGAGAUGACGAAAUAAUUACUAUACAAUUGGUACCUAGACCAUGGCAGGGGGCAGGACUAUUGGGAUGCAGAAUAAUUCGGAUAUAA